ACAUACGCGCGCGCGCACAAUUCGCACACUGUCGGUUAUUGUUUUGUUUACGGUAGUUCAGCAGCGAGAAAAGGGGCUGACUAGAGACAUACUUCAGAGGGAAACAAUUUAACCUGGGUUCGAGACACAGAGGCGCGCGACCACCAGCUUGUCUCGCGCAGCAGACUUUCAGCAGUUCACGCUCUCUUCUAGUGUGCAUCACAUCGCAGCGUCUCCUGUCAGCCGCAGUUACGCCGAAGCCACAAACUCCACUUUACUGAAAAAAUAUCUACUCGUGUUUCAAAAAAGGAUUCAAGAACAAGGAUAAUUUUGUCAGAUAACCAUAAUGCCGAAAAUGGAUUCAACCGGGGAUUCAAAAGAUGUGUCAAAGACGUCAAACAGCAAUGGACAUCAUCACUCAUCACAAAUAUUUAAUUGCUUAACAACCCUCGUAUGUUUUAUGUUGUCGGCGUCUUCGGUGGCAGUUUGUCUGUUUAUGAACGUCAAAACUUCUCAUCUUGAGCGUAAAAUUGAGCUUCUGGAGAUGGAGAGACCGUCUGUGAUUCAACCUGUGCACGCGACACUGGAUGCGCACGCGACUCUUUGGGAUGCGAUAGAGAAACUCGUGCAAGAGAGACUCAAAGAGGGAGAGUCGAAAAUUCGCACAGCUCGAGAAGCAGCGCAAGAGUGCUCGUGUCCUCCAGGUCCUCCAGGAAAACGGGGAAGAAAAGGAAACCCUGGAAUUCCAGGCACUCCAGGACGAGAUGGCUACCCGGGUCCAUUGGGUAUGGAUGGUAAGCCUGGACCUCCAGGAUCAAAAGGCAGUCAGGGAAUGCCAGGACCAAAAGGAGAUAAGGGUGACCAGGGAGACAUUGGGCCCAGGGGACCACCGGCCUACGCUGCCUCUGCAGGCCUGCUCAGUAAUCAGAUUCUCACGGUUAAGGGUGAUCAAGGUCAGGCUGGUCCCCCAGGUCCCCCAGGACCUCCAGGAACACCUGGUCCCAGAGGGCCUCCAGGAAACACAGGCAGAGAUGGGCCACAGGGCCACCCAGGAGAGCCGGGUCUUCCAGGAAAAGAUGGAAAUGAGGGACCAAGAGGACCACCUGGCAUGCAGGGUACAGAUGGUGUUAACGGAAUGGCUGGACCACAGGGCCCUUCAGGGCCAAAGGGGGAUCAGGGUGCUCCAGGUACUGAGGGGAAAAAAGGGAUUGAUGGAUCCCCUGGCAUGAAGGGUGAAAAAGGAGAUGUUGGGGAUCCAGGACCCCAGGGUUUGCCUGGAGAGAAAGGAGCUACUGGCUUCACAGAAAAUGUUGAUCUGGCUGCUAGUUUCAAAGCACUGCAGGGGCCUCCAGGCCCUCCAGGACCUCCUGGAGAGCAAGGGCCAAAAGGAGAAAUGGGCUUACAUGGAGCGCCAGGACCUGAAGGAAAGCAGGGCUAUAAGGGAGAGAGAGGUGAUGCAGGAGAGCCUGGAGCAGCAGGAGCUAAAGGAGAAAAGGGGGAUAUUGGGCUCACAGGGCCUUCAGGGGCAGCAGGGCAAAAAGGAGAUAAAGGAGACUCUAGGCUUGAGGACAAUUUGGCCCAGAUUAUCUCUUUGCCUGGCCCACCAGGGCCUCCUGGACCCCCUGGGCCUGCUGGCUAUCAUGGAUUGCCUGGACUCAAGGGAGAGCCUGGUGAGGCAGUUAAAGGAGAAAAGGGGGAUGCUGGAGAGAGAGGUCCAGCUGGGCAACGGGGUCUUCAAGGCUAUCCAGGGUCUAAUGGCUUGGUAGGCCUGCCAGGUGCAAAAGGUGAAAAGGGAAAACAAGGUGAACCAGGAUUAGAUGGUUUCCCAGGGCUUCAAGGAGAAAAGGGGGACAGAGGAGACAGGGGGGAGAAGGGUGAGAGAGGCUCAAUAGGAAAGAAAGGUCUGAAAGGACAGAAGGGAGAGCAGGGACCUCCAGGGCUUGAUCAGCCUUGUCCUGUGGGGCGAGAUGGACUGCCCAUACCAGGAUGCUGGCAUAAGGACGAGGCUUCAGGGCAGGGUGGCAAGGCCAAGCACCCGUCUCAGCCCUAAAGGACACUGAAUGGGCUACAUGGAGUGAGAAUGCUUUGCCAAAGUUCAACUGGAUGUUUCAAAUGAAAGGGCUUGCCUGUACUACAGGGAGGAACGUGAUGUGGACAUUGCACUGGAAGUGUACUGGUGUACAUAUGGACAAAUCUGUACUCAGGAAACUCUUUUCACUUGGUCAAUAGGGAACAACAUACUAUUUUUUGUUCUAUUGCUCACUAAAAUACACCAGUGGAGUGGUGGGAAAAAGUAUAAUAACUGAUAUCAUGUAAAAGUUGCUUUAUGUCUUUGUCUGUUUAUAAGAAUCCUCACUGAAUAAAACUACUUUUGGUCUUUUAUUCAAUGAUCAUUCAUCCAUUCCUCAAUGAGCAUUAUAUGAAGUUUGUGUAAAUAAAAUGGAUAAUUUUUACAUCUGAA